AUGUAUGCAGUUUGCAAAUUGAGCAGGUUCAUGGACAAACCUACAAAACAACACAUGCUGGCAGCAAAGAAGAUACUCAGGUAUCUAAAAGGAACACAGAAGUAUGGAAUUCUGUACAAAAGACAAGAAGAAGGAGACUGUCUACUUGGUUACACUGACAGUGACUAUGCUGGUGAUUUGGAUGAUAGAAGAAGUACCAGUGGGUAUACUUUCUUUUUGGCAGGAGGAGCAAUUUCAUGGAGCUCGAAGAAACAACCAGUGGUUACUCUCUCUACAACAGAAGCAGAAUUUGUGGCUGCAUCUUUCUGUGCAGCUCAGUGCGUGUGA